GUGGUUACACGAUAGAGUAGGGCUCAUACCUGGUAGUUCACAUCUAACGCUGUUACGUCGACUUCUUGUCGCAAAACCAUGGCCAAACCAAAGGAGAAGAAGAAGAGACCAAUAAACCAAGAAAUUCAGCAAGUAACGGAACCUACUCAGGAGUACUCCAGGGAAAAAGACGAAGGAGAGGAAGAACAAAGGGAUGCAGAAGAGGCCGACCCCAUAACAUUAACAACUGCAGAAAAACUUGAGAAGAAUGAGAAAAAGAAGCACAAGGAAACACUAGACGUCAAAAUCGAAACUUUCGGUGAAAACCCUGAUAAAAUUUCUCCAAUUGUGGGUUAUUUUCCAUCCGGGUACGAUCCAUUGAGGAGUUGGAAGGAAGGCGAAGAAGCGGAGCCUGAAGCCAAGGUUAAGGUAUACAAGAAUAAGAAGAGGAGUAAUAGGCUGCAGUUGGUGGUGAGCCCUAAGGUUGCUCAGGUUAAUUUCGUCGGAACUAACUACUCUGGCGAGGCUACGGCGGCUCAGAUGUGUACUUAUGGUCUCGGAGUUUUUGACAAGACUAGCCAGACUCUGAAGAUUGUUCCUAUUGCAGCUAACAAGAUAUUCAGAUUGGAACCGAGAGUUGCUGGGUUAGACCUACCUGAAAAUGAAACUCCAGAAACUUUGAAGCAUGAACUUACUGCAGAAGAGAAGGCUGACAAAAUGAGAGAAUUGACUCUUAUGUAUUCAUCCAAGAAGACUAUAAGACAGACUCAGAAACUGGAAUCACUUCGUCAGAGACAAGAUCCUGAAAGUCAGCAGGAUUUGGACCAAAAAUUAGGGGGUAUUGAGAUAAACAAAGAGGGGCUCGAGGUUACAGAGACUACAACUAGUGCUCGAAAUAUCCCACCCCAUGAUUUGUCUGCCACUACACCUCAAACAGCAUAUCCAUUGCACAAGAUUAUCUUUAGCGGGGAGUGGGAUUACCUUAUGGACAUUCUUGAAAUUUCACAAGCUGGAGCAGAAGUGACGUCUCAUAAUUACCCGAGCUUUGUUUGCAAUCGAGUAUAUAAAUUGGAUGAUAUUACGGAUGAAGUGGAGAAGAGGCAGCUUGCUGGCAUAUUUUCAUACAUCACCCAUCUUGUCAAGUUCAAGGAUAAGCACUCCAUGGAUGGUGUUUCAUCGGCAAAACAUCAUAAAAUUCCUGGGAUCUUGUACCAGAAGUUCUCUUCCUUGUUUGCUAAUUCAGACUCGAAGAGGAUUGCAGAUGACAAAAAAGAUCUCCUUAUCAGCUACAUCUUGGUGCUUACUUUAUAUGUUGACAAUUUUCGGACAGACUUAUCUGACAUAGCGAAGGAUCUAAGAAUGAACCCGAUAGCAUUAAGACCUCACUAUGAACAUUUGGGCUGUAAGCUCGCGCGCGAGAAGCAAUUGUUACUGGCGACACUAUCUCUGCCACUGCAGUUCCCAACGGUGAGAAGGAAGCGGCGAAGGUAGAUGGGGCCGUUGAGUCUUUUCUUCUCAUAGCUUUUUACAGGCUUGAGACUACUUGAGAAUGCGUUUUUACCGUCUCAUUCCUUUCUUUUCGUUUUUUUGGUUGGCCCAUUACAAGUUUGCUGUGGAUCGAAGAAAAGAAAAAAAGAAAAACAGAGAAUUUGCUUAUCAGAA